AGGUAAAUAAACACCGGAUUUUACACGAUCGCAUAAUAUUUCUACACUUUCUAAUUACAAGCACAAAAUAAGUUAAUGUAAAAUGAAUCUCCUUCCGAAAAGCCACAAGGAGUUUAGCGAGAAAGAUUACUGGAACAAGUUUUUCAAAAAACGUGGUAACAAAGCUUUUGAAUGGUACGGCGAAUAUUUAGAACUAUGUUCCCAAUUACACAAGUACUUAAAACAAUCAGACAAAAUACUUAUAACUGGAUGCGGAAACUCAAGCCUGAGCGCUGACCUCUACGACGUUGGCUUCACCAGCAUCACCAACAUUGAUGUGUCGGAAGUAGUUAUUCGACAAAUGAAGUCUAUCAACUCUAAUAGAACUAACAUGAGUUUCUUGCACAUGGAUGCAACUAGCAUGUCAUUUGAUAAUGAAGAGUUCAACGCUGUAUUGGAUAAGGGAACAUUGGACGCCCUUAUGCCUGACUCGGAAGAAUCCACUAUAGCAACUGUAGAAAAAUAUUUCAGUGAGAUUAAAAGAGUGCUGAAGCUUGGUGGUCGUUAUGUAUGUAUAUCGCUGCUCCAGAGCCAUAUUCUUGGUAAGCUGUUGGAAGCUUUUGGUGAUAAGUCCUGGAUGAUCAGAGUUGUGAGAUGUCAUGAGGCUGAGGAGAAAAAUGCGGAAAACGGUGACGGGACAACUUUGCCUGUGUUUGUUGUUGUUGUAACUAAAUUUAAAGUUAUGCCUAAGCUGCUCCUAGAAGUGUGUUUAGCCGGAGACAAAAUGAUAAGAGUUGAUACACCAGAAGAUUUACAGAGCUGUGUGAAAUCAGCACAAGAUGCAGCUUUCAUCACCAAUGGCCUGGGAAAGACUAGCCUAGAAGGUGAUGAUGAGGUGUCCCUAGACUUAAUGGUGCCUGGUCAAGACACUCCGCGCUACACACUGUAUGUUGUGGAUCAGAAAAAACAAGCAGCCAAUAAAUACGCAGUUUUUGUAGUGCCACAAGGGCGUGAAUCCGAGUGGUUAUUCGGAACAGCAGCUGGUCGACGGCAGUUGCAGGAGUCUGCGAAGUCAGCGCGGCUGGUGGUGGCCGUGUUGAGGCGAGGUCAUCACUUUAGCAGCUUGGACGCGGUCAAAGAGGAGUUGGCGCAUUCCGCCAAGAUGCUGAUACCAUUCGGGUUUAGUGGACAGAUCCCUUUUCUCUCGCUGGGAAGUGACGUAGGUAAACGGACGCCAGUGUUCUCCGGCAGCUCUAAAGUAUCAGGAGAGUUCGUGAUAGAGGAUGUGGAGGUGGAAGGGGAGGUCUACAGGAGGCUGGUGUUUCUCGAUAACCAGUUUCUGGUGCAGUCGGAAGCUAGGGUGAAGACUGUGAAACGCAAAAACAAAGAGCGCCAAGUGAUCGACUUCGGCCACAUAUCGCAGUACCACGCGUUCAUGUGCGUGUCGGUACACUUGCUCGCCGCACCUGCGCACGCGCAUGUUGCUAUACUCGGCCUCGGUGGGGGGGGACUCGCCAUGUUCCUGAAGAAAAGCCUGCCUGACGCUAGACUGGUGGCUGUGGACCUAGAUCCGGCCAUGGUUGAGGUGGCCAAGGGGCACUUUGAGCUGGAAAUCGAUGAUAAGCUACAGGUGGAAAUCAAAGAUGGCCUGGACUUCCUGAAGGAUCGCGCUGAGAAUGGUGGCCACUUGGACUGCGUGAUGUUCGACGUGGACAGCAAGGACCGCACGCUGGGCCUCUCGUGUCCGCCGCCGCAGUUCCUCACCGACGAGACACUGACGAAUGUGGACAGGAUACUCGGAGAGGAUGGCCACUUCAUCCUCAAUUUGGUGUGUCGUGACAAAUCCCUUCAAGAAACCAUAAUGGAAUCUUUAAAAAGACAUUUCAAGCAUAUAGUGUCUAUCAAAUUAUAUGAAGAAGUGAACGAAAUUAUUUUCGCAACCAAUAGCGACACAGCGUAUACUGUGGACGACUUGGAAAAUGCCGCGAAAAAGUUAAACGCGAAUGCGCGGGAAAGAAAACUUGUCAAAGUGAAAUGUGUCGAUUUAAAGGACUUGUUGCAGUCUGUUAAUGUUAUAUCGUAGUUGUAAGUGUUAUUGUUAUGUGUAAAUAAAAUAUUUAA